CGAGGCUCGAGCCUCCAGGUGAGCAGCUGGGAAGCUACCGGAAACAGAAGGAGGAACAGAAGCAGGCGUGAGCAGAACUCUGCUAUCUCUGAAAAAAUGAGUCGGUAGUUCUGUAGAAUCAGUUGGGGACCGCAAGGGAAGAGUUUGAUUCCACCUAAGUGGUAUAUGUGAGUUACGAAUGGAUCCUAAAUCAAACCUAAUCCAGAAGGGAUUGUUUUACUGUUUAUUGGUCUGUGUUUGUUUGAUACAUCAAGUGCGUAUUUUGUGGGCCGUUGAAAGAGUGAAUUUAACUCACCAGCAUGAUCUUGAAAACGGGAGCAGUGGGAUAAUGCUGGCGAAAUGGGAGACCCGUUCUCAAGCCGAGCAGCAAGUCCAGUUAAACAACACAUCCUCAGAGCAGAGUGAAGCAUGGGCUGGCCGCAGAUCCAGGGGGAGUACAGAUCCUUGUAUGUUUCCAUGUCUGAAUGGGGAUCAUUGUCUCUAUCCAGACUCCUGCAACUGUUCUUUCUAUCAGGCUACUGGAUCACACUGCCAAACAGUUCCAAAUACAGGCUUGGAGAGAGAGAUGACAUGUCGAUCAUGGGGGCAAUACAAUUAUGAGACAUUUGAUGGCCUUUAUUACUACUUCCCUGGCAAGUGCAGCUAUACACUCCUGAAAGACUGUGAGGACAACACAAAAUCAAGUGUGUUCAUACAGGUCCAUAAUGACCCAGAAUGCAAUUCUAAUCCAUAUUCCUGCAGACGAUCAGUAAGCCUUUUCUUGCCAUGGGUAGGCGAGAUUAGGUUACAAGGAUUCGAUGUCACAUUCAAAGGUCAAAGUCUACAGCUCCCUCAUACCUUUCAUGAUAUUGAGCUGGAGAGGAUCUCUGACUACAUCCUGGUAUCACAGCAUCAGGUUUUCAUGCUGGCAUGGCAGGGCCUUAGCAGCUCCAUCUAUAUUAAAAUGAGUCCAGAAUUUGUGGGUCGCACCUGUGGACUGUGUGGCAACUUCAAUGCAGAUGUCCAGGAUGAUCUGAAAACCAGCUAUGGUGUGGUCACAGACAAUCUUGCCAUGUUUGGGAACAGUUGGAUGGAGGAGGAGCCACAGCAACUCACAUGUCCGAUGGUGCCAUCUCUCUAUUCAUUUCCCUGUUCUGCACAAGAACCCCAUAAUCUGCUGAAAGUGGAGGAGGUGUGCACAUCUUUACUGAAAGAUCCAUUUAAAUCCUGCCAUGAAUUUGUCAGUCCAUAUUCAUACAUGGCCAGCUGCUCUAAUGACCUCUGCCUGUCUGGUUCCAGUGGUGAUAUGGUUUGUCAAGUGUUCACUGAAUAUACAAGAGCAUGUGCUCAUGCUGGACACCCAUUACACAACUGGAGAACACAUUUUCCUCUAUGUGGGAUUGAAUGCCCUGCAGAGCUCCUUUACAAAGAGUGCAUCACAUGUUGUCCUGUGCACUGCAAUAUUGAACACAUCUGCAUUGACAGCAAACUACAGUGUUUGGAUGGCUGCUACUGUCCAGACGAUCUAAUCUAUGAGGAUGGCAUCUGUGUGAAGCCGUCAGACUGUCCUUGUGAACACCGGGGAAUGCUGUACCCCUCAGGACACACUAUACAGGAGGAGUGUAACAAUUGCACAUGUGUCGGGGGUGUGUGGAACUGCACGGAUCACAGCUGCCCAGGGGAAUGCUCGGUUACAGGAAACAUGUAUUUUCAAUCUUUUGAUGGCCGCAUUUACACCUUCCCAGCUACAUGUCAGUAUGUUUUAGCCAAAAGCCGAAACCCAAGCGGGUUCAUUGUGACAAUCCAGAAUACCCCAUGUGGAUCUAAUCUGGAUGGGGCUUGUAUUCAGUCAGUGAACCUGGUCCUGAAUGAGGACCCUCGCACUGAGGUCACGAUCAGCCACAGUGGGGAGGUGUACAUGGCAAGCCAGAUCCGUAUCUCUCUACCAUAUUCAGAUGAGAUGUUUCAGAUCCAGGAGCUGUCAUCCAUGUUUGUCCAGGUAAAGACAGUGCAGGGUUUACAGCUACAGUACAACUGGAAAGAGUUCCGCCUGUACUUGCAGCUUGGGGAACUGUGGAGGGAUGACACAGUGGGGCUAUGUGGUACCUUCAAUGGCAACAUACAGGAUGACUUUCUUGCACCCUCAGGCAUGAUAGAGAGCUCUCCAAACUUGUUUGGGAAUGCUUGGCGCUUGUCAUCAGCCUGCAUGCCACGGCCCAGUUUGCCUCAGCUGGAUCCAUGUGAUACUCAUCAGCAAGCCGCGUCGUAUGCUGUGGAGAAGUGUGACGUAUUGAUGCAGGAGGUAUUUGCUGUGUGUCACGAGCAUGUGAGUCCCAUGGCCUUCCAGCUGCAGUGCCGUGCAGAUGUGUGCAGGUGUGGAACACCGUGUCUCUGUUCUGCUCUUGCCCAUUACACACGCACCUGUAGGAAGCACAGUAUCAUCAUUGAGUUCCGUUCACAUGUGCCUGAAUGUGCUGUGACAUGUCCGCCAACAAUGGAAUACGGAGUGUGUGUGUCAUCUUGUGAACGGCACUGCCUCUCUCUGUCACUCCCACAGUUUUGUGGAGAUGAGUGUGAGGAGGGCUGUGUGUGUCCUCAAGGAACAUACUACAGCAUGCACACGCAGACCUGUGUUAAAAGGAGUGAAUGCCCAUGCUCCUUCCUGGGAGCUGAUUACUCCCCUGGAGAUGUGAUUCUGACAUCAUCAGAUAUACAAAUUUGUCAAGAUGGAAAAAUCGUUUCACAAAACAUUAUUACCGAUAAACUGUGCCCUCCAGGGCAGGUUUAUGAAGACUGUGGGAAUAGGGUGGAAGGAAUGUCAGCUAGUAAAGGUUUGGCUUGUGUCCACACUUGUGAGUCAUACCUGCUUAACCUGACCUGCUCCAGCCAUGAGCCCUGUGUGCCCGGCUGUAUCUGUCCACUGGGACUUUUAAAGCAUGGUGAUGAUUGCUUUGAGCCUGUUGCAUGCCCAUGUUUAUGGAAGGGUAAAGAGUAUUACCCAGGGGAUAGAGUGUCCUCACCUUGCCACCAGUGUGUGUGUCAGCAUGGUUCAUUCCAGUGUGACUUCCGUCCAUGUGCAUCAAUGUGCACUGUGUAUGGAGACCGACACUACCGUACGUUUGAUGGAUUGCUAUUUGACUACAUUGGAGACUGUAAAGUUUACUUGUUAAAGAGCUCAGCUAAUGUAACAUUGAGUGUUACAGCAGAGAAUGUGGACUGCUUUGAAAGUGGUGUGAUCUGCAGAAAAUCCCUUUUCAUUUCCAUUGGACAGUCCAUCAUUGUUUUUGACGAUGAAAGUGGCAAACCUAAUCCAUCCAGUGUAACUGACAGACAAAAUGUGUAUAUAUUGAAUGCGGGCUACUUCACCAUUAUCCAUCUAACACAGUAUGAGAUUUCAGUGCUGUGGGACAGAAAAACCACCAUCCACAUACAAGCUGGACCUCAGUGGCAGGGUAAACUCUCUGGUCUGUGUGGGAAUUUUGAUCUGAAGACAGUAAAUGAAAUGAAAACUCCAGACAACAUGGAUUUAUCAACACCACAGGAGUUUGGCAACAGCUGGACAGCAGCAGAGUGUAUUAAAAGUCCUGAUAUAAGGCAUCCAUGCACUUUGAAUCCAAUCCGAGAACCUUUUGCCAAAAGGCAGUGUGGGAUUCUCCUCAGUGAAGUAUUCCAAGCCUGUCAUCCGGUGGUGGAUGUGACGUGGUAUUAUAUGAACUGCCUGGUGGAUACAUGCAGCUGCAGUCAUGGUGGUGACUGUGAAUGUUUCUGUACAAGUUUGGCAACAUAUGCUCACAGCUGCUGCCAGCAGGGAAUUCCUAUUGAUUGGCGGUCACCCUCUCUAUGCCCAUAUGACUGUGAAUACUACAAUAAAGUUCUAGGUAAAGGUCCUUUUAGGCUGCUGACCUAUAGAGAGAAGAAUUUGCUAUUGGCAGCCAAUUGGACAAGUGGAUUGGUGUUUCUGAAGAGGGGAGUGUCAAGCACUGAUGGUGUUGUGACUCUGUUCAUGAUGACUCCAGGACUCAGUAAAACCCGACCGCAUGAUUCAUCAUUAGUAUCAUUUGAAGCAGCAGACAGGCCAAAUUAUUUCCUCCUCGCAGAGCCCAGUGGCCACUUAAGACUGCGUAAGUGGGAGGACAGCAGGGAAUUUUGUGAUGCAGCAACAUUUAUACUGCAUAGGGACACCUGGAUCACUGGAUUUGAUUCACUAGAGUCACUUAUGUGGCCUGGAUACUUUCUACACUACAUGCUGUAUAAACUGCAACUUCUGAAAUACAAUCACUCAGCUCGCUACCGCAGAGCCACUCUCUUCAAACUUGCUGGCAGCACUACAGACUACUCAAUAAGCCCUCAGUGCCAGUGGCGGUAUGAAUCUUGCAUAAGUCCGUGUUUUAGGACAUGUAGCGAUCCUGCAGCUCUGAGCUGUGUCACCAUCCUAAAAGUUGAGGGAUGUCUUCCGCAGUGUCCAGCUCAUAUGGUCAUGGAUGAGAUGACUCAAAGAUGUGUCUAUCUGGAGGACUGUAUUAAGCCUCCAGUUACACUGCCAGAAUUCAGUUUAACACCUACUGCUGUCACCUCUUCCACUCUGGCCAUAGCAACUAUCUUCACCAUUGCAGAAACAGAGGCACUUAAUACUACAAUCAGUCAUACAAAGUCAUCAUCUCCAGAACCUAGCAGUACAGCUUCCACAACUGUUACCACACACAGUUCAACCCUGUUGUCUACACCUAGCACUACCUCUACCAUACCACUGGCAGACGAAUCAAUGAAGACAUCUUUGUUCCCUGCUAAGUCUCUGGCUUCUACUCCUAGAACCAUUACUGUGCCCACUUCUAAUAUUUUUACCCCCAGUGUCACAAUAAAAACAAUGAACACAACUCUAAGAGCAACAGUAACACCAUCACUAUCUAUUAGUACAAAUUCCAUUAGUACUCUUCCAUCUAUACUAGCAUUCACCACUGAGGGUGCUACUGAAACCACAUCAGAAACCCUCAGAGUAACUUCUGGUACUGCCAGCACUGAACCUGCCACAUUUUCAAAAGCUUCCACAGUUAGAACUACAACACCUCCUGAAAUUUCUACAGCCAGUACAGAGACUGAGACCUUUCCUGCUGAAACCUUUACAUUAACUAAAUCAUUAGCAUUAGACCUGAGUACAUCUGCAACCUCAGCACAUCCUAGUGUACCUGCCCCAUUACCUACAAUUACUCCAAGAUAUUCCACUGAGUUUAUCACGGCAGUCAGUGCCUUCAGCACACUAAAACCAGCUACAGUGAGUGGUACCAGAGAAUCUUCAAUGGCACACACCAAAGAGAAAACUAUGCCUACUUCCUCAGUUGUGGUGAAAACAUCCACAACACAUCUCCCUCUGAAGCCUAGAGAGACAACCCAAACAAUAUCAUCUAUGACUGCAUAUCCUAUGUCAAACCAACCUGUGACCACCAAAACAAUAUCAGACAUCUUCAACACCACAACCCAAAUCACAACAGUGCCUUCCAUGGUCUCUACAGCUGAGGCAGUGGAAACCACAGCAACUGCAACCUUUCAGCCAAUAUCUGUGCUCUAUUCCACUCACACAUCAUGGUCUCCUGGUGUCCCACCUAUUGAUGAGACACACACAACCACAUACUGGAGAAUGAGUCAAACCACCACAACAGGGACCCCAUCCACUGAUUCUAUCCCACCAGAUCUCUCUGAAAGCACAACUAAAGCUGCAGUGCCCACUCUAAUGACAAGCCUCCCAGUGCCAUCUCUAACCACAAGCACUACAGUCCUUCCUUCGACUAUAGCACAUGUAACAUCAACAUUACCACCUUCACACAUUUUGCCCACUCACAUGACAACUCCCAAAACUUCUCCCAAUGGUACUCUAGCUAAAGCUACCACACCUAGUUCCACAGAGUCGCAUUUAGGUCCCCUUUCUUACUCAUCAUCAACCUCUGCUCAUCUCUCAGAGAAAAUCAGCUCAUUAAAGACACAGCUUUCUACUUCAACUUCCACAUUAACAGCGGAAAUCAAGAUUAAAACAACAGUUCAAGCUUCUAUGCCUGCAGUUACAGUGGUUACUUCUGCAUCCACAGUGUUACCUCAAACACGGUUGACAGGUUCAGCUGUCACGUCCAGAACAGCUGGGCCUCGCCCAUCAACCACGAAGACUGUGUUCACCUCUUACUCACCCACUGUCAGCUCUGUGACCCUCCAUCCCAAAAUAGAUACAACUCAUUUCCUUCCUCACACUGACAAAUCUGAACUUUCUACUAAUAAAUCCAUGCAACCAUGGUCACUUACAUGGUCCACUUCCAGUCCCCGAAUGACUUCAUCCACAGAGAGAGUGGCAACAAUAGUAACUCCCAGCAUUAUCUCAGCUGUUUCUUCAACCACACACAAAACAUCCAGGAUCACCUUGACAACACACAUUCCUCCUCCAGUAGUCACUGAAAAGCCAACAACAAUUAUAUCCACAGAGAAAAUGCUAGCUACCACUGUUUCUUUGGAGAGAGCAAAGCCUGUUUCUCAAACUAGCUCUUCAGGUCCACUGACUUUUUCAACCAUUCCUAGUACAAAGAUGCCACUUCAAAUUACUGAAAACAGAACUGCAGUGGGCACCACUGCAACAUCAUUCAGCACAAGCACAUCAACCACUGCUUUCAUGGCACCACAUGAUACAACUACAGCCUCUGCAAGAACAAUUUCUCUCACAAUGCCCCCAUCAGAUUGGCAACUGGUGGAUGAGAUGGCAUCAGCAACACACAUAACCAGAGAAGAGCUAUCAUCACCAGACAGGCCCCAAACUUCCAGUCCUGCAUUACUCAUCACUACCACCACUCCCUAUAUAACACAGACAAAGCACUGGAUAACCCCAAUUGAGGAGUUUCUUAAUUUAACUCCUACAGUUUUGUCCACUUCAGCAAAGGAUGUUAGGCCCAGCAAAGUCUGCACUCCACCAUACUCUGUGGUGGUAGAUGAGUGCACUAAGCUCAUUUGUGUGACUGGCCAGCUGGUCUUGUUCAAUAAGUCCCAGAGCUGCCCCUAUGACUCCAGCCCUCCAAACUGUGGUCUACUUGGCUUCGCUGUGCUGGUCAAUGGAGACAAAUGCUGCCCAAAAUGGGACUGUCCAUGUCGCUGUUCAGUGUUUCCAGACAUAAAUAUUGUUACAUUUGAUGGGAACAAUGUAGCCCUUUACAAAGCAGCAGCAUACGUGGUGACACAACUCAUGAAUGAGACAGUCACCAUCCUGGUGCAGGAGUGCCACAGUUCAGACAGCACACUUGUCUGGAACUUUACUCACUUGUGCCUGGCAGCUCUAAACAUUACGCAUGACUCCAACCAGGUGCUCAUUAAUCGCUUGCAGAGACGGGUAUAUGUCAACUCAAGGUAUGCAAAGCCACGUAUAAAAAAGUAUGGUUUUGAGGUUCUAGAUACAGGUAACAUGUAUCUGAUCUGGACUCCUGCUGGCCUGAAGAUCCAGUGGUUCCACAGCACAGGCAUGAUGGUGAUUGAAACAGAGACUUAUGUCAACAAGGUCUCCACCUUGGGGUUGUGUGGUUGUUGUGAUGGUAACUCACUAAAUGAUUUGAUCUUACCUAAUGGUACUGUAGUGGCUGAUGGUGAAGACCCAGCUGUAUUCAUUGAUAGCUGGCAGAUUCCAAACACCACAAGUUAUGUUAGCCAGAGCAGGAGGCGUGAGGUUAACUGCUCUACUAGCGACUGCUCUGAUUGCCUCAACAUGCUCAACAACCUCUCUUUCACUGCCUGUCAUUCUUAUGUUCCGCCAAGUACAUUUUGUGAAGUAUGGGUACGAGAUGCAGAGUAUGUGAAUAACCCUUGCUUGGCUCUUGCUGCAUAUGUUGCCUCCUGCCACAAAUUCAACAUCUGUAUUGAGUGGAGAAGCCCAGACUACUGCCCAUUUGUGUGUCCUGGGACACUGCAAUACCAGGCAUGUCUGCCUGCUUGCACAGCUCCUUCGUGUCCUAAUAAGGAGUUUGAGUAUGAUGCUGUACAGUGUUCAGGCAUGUCUGAGGGAUGCAUGUGUCCAGAGGGAACUUUACUUCAUCGACCAUACUCUGCACUCUGCAUCUCACCUGUCAAGUGUGCCUGUACAGAUAGUUUCGGAACUCCCCGUGCCUUGGGUGAGGUUUGGAAGGCGUCAGUGGAUGGAUGCUGUAUGUAUCGGUGUGAGAAUGAUGGCAUUGUGCCUGUAGAGUUUGAGUGCAGUGAUAUUCCCCAGCCAGUCUGCACACGAGCAGGCGAGAUCAGCAUUAGCCUGGCAGAUGACAACAGCUGCUGCACCCAAAGAGUCUGUGUAUGUAAUCAGAGUGCAUGUGAGACCACUUCGAUGGACUGUAAAUUUGGACAGAAGUUGGUGUCAUACUUCAGACAUGACUCAUGUUGUCCAGAGUACACCUGUGAGUGUGAUCCGGACCAGUGUGUGCUAGAUGUCCCUGUGUGCCGAGAGGAUCAGACACUAAUUGCCACUCGCACUGAAGGAAGCUGCUGUCUGGCACACAUUUGCAUGUGUGACAUAUGUUCAGAGGCGAUUCCGGAGUGUACAGAUGGAGAGCUGCUUACUGUGGAUACAAACAGUACCGAUCGUUGCUGCCCCAUAUAUCACUGCUUGUGUGAGCCUUCCAGAUGUUCAAUCAUCACAUGUCCAGUAGGAAUGGUUGCUGUCUCCACUAUGGUUCCAGAGCAGUGCUGUCCAUCACAGGAAUGUAAAUGUGUAUGCGAGAGAAUCUCUCAGCCUAAAUGUUCCCUGGGUGAGAAUUUGCAGUUAGACAGAGCAUUUAUGGCAGACCCUGAGAAUCACUGCGGCUGCAAACGUUAUCAUUGUGUGAAAAGCGCAGUGUGUGUGGAUGGAAAGAGAGGAGUAAUGAGACCAGGACAAACCUUGAUGGAGCACAGUGCUUUGGGAGUCUGUUAUACCACAAGAUGCACACACACAUUUGACUCUGCCAGUGGGUUCUACCUCAUAAAAGCAACCAGUAUUAACUGCACUGCACAGUGUCAGCCAAACCAGGUUUAUGUAUCCCCUAAAGACCAGAGUGCCUGUUGUGGAAUGUGUAAGAAUGUAUCCUGUAUGUACUACAAUGACAAUGGAUCUCUAGCUAUGUACAAGCCUGGGAAGAGCUGGGUGUCUGACUGCAUGCGCUAUGACUGUACAGACACACAAUCUGGACCAGUACUGGUGUCCUACUCCUAUAGCUGCCCCCCCUUUAAUGAAACAGAGUGCCUGAAGAUUGGAGGCACAGUAAUGACAUACAUGGAUGGAUGCUGCAAAACAUGCAAAGAGGAUGGAAAAUCAUGUCAGAAAGUCACAGUGCGCAUGACAAUAAGGAAAAACGACUGCCGUAGCAACAGGCCGGUGAACAUAGUGUCAUGUGAUGGCAAGUGUCCUUCAGCAAGUAUUUACAACUACAACAUCAACACUUAUGCACGGUUUUGUAAAUGCUGUAGGGAGAUGGGCCUUCAGCGGCGCUCUGUCCAGCUCUACUGCAGUGGCAACUCCACAUGGGUAAACUACUCAAUCCAGGAACCUACAGACUGCUCUUGCCAGUGGUCUUAAAACACACGCGCACACACGCACACACACGCAUACACACACACACACACACACACACUUGAAUGGAAAUGUCACCUUGACAAUUUUGUAUGUUCAUAUUCUCUAGAAUAACAAAGGGCAUUCUAACACUGGAUAAAAAAUAUAUAUACUGUUGUAACUUGAACAGAAGUUGUUCACUGAACUUGAAUAUAUUUUAUACAGAAUUGUUGUGUCUGUCAUCACUCCCAUCACACUGGUAGACAUUCAGCAAUAUUUACCUAGCUGAAUAUGCCUUUGCUCAUGGGUUGUACAGUUCUCCUUUUGGAGUGUUUUGUGAAGGGGUAAAAAGAAGCAAAAAAGUUGUUCAGUAAACUAGGUAUAUGCAUUAGAUGCAUUUGUAGAAAAUAUUACUUCUUAAUGUACUGUCUAUUAAGUGAUUAGUGAAUAUAUUAAUCAGUUUCUUUUUAAUAACUAAAAUUGCUGUGUUUUGUACACUUUAAUUAUUUAUUACAUUAUAAGCACAACGUCAAAGUCCAUGAGAAAUUCAGAAAAAAACUGUUAAUUGCUCUGUUGAAUCUUAAAAACUAAUUUUAAAUCUUGUAUGAAUCUUCUUUCCUAAACAUUUUAUUUACUGAAAAUACUGUGUAUCAUAAUGCAUUAUAUUUGCAGUAUCAUUUUCAAUAAAACAAUUAUUUAAAAAAAUGAUGAUACAAUUUGCUCAAAUCUACAUAAACAAAAGGUGUUAAGAGAGAGUGUUCACUAUGGGCCACAUGCAGUGUUGGCGACUUAAGUCCAAAAUUUGCAGCAAUAUUUACCUAAAAAUGUACAUAAUAUAAUCAGGGAUAGAAAAUGCAGAGUGAAGAAGCAAAUAGUAUUUUUUUUCCUUUGCUCAAUUUAAAAAAUAAAAAAUAAAAAGGCUAAUAUGAUAAUAUAUGAAUCAGAAGAUGGCAAGUAUUGAAAUAAACAUCUAACAGGCAGCAGAGAUGGAUGCAGUUGCAGGUGAACAAUUUAUUUAAAAGGCAGGGAGACAAAUCUGAUACACGAAGCAAAAACAUAGUCAAUAGGCAAUCAGCAAACAGACAAAACAGAGGAAAAAACAGAAUCACAAAGCCAGGAAACAAGAACAGGAUCAAAAACCAGGAAAGCAGAUACAGUUGCUCAGUAUGUCUGGCAACUAAACUUAGGACGACACUUCAAAGUGAGUGAGUGCAGUGAAAGUGCUCACUCCAGGAGCAGGGUUCUUUCUGGGCCUACUUCGAGAACAGGGCCCAGAACGAUCAGGGUGUCAAGUGUGGAACUCUCUGCAGAGGAGGGAAUCAAGUCAUGAGCUGGGAUCUAGGUUCUCUCCUCUGAGCCAUGCCCCUCCUACUCAAUAAGGUAUCGCAGUUUCCUGUGUUUACAUCUGGAGUUCAAGAUUAUUUUGAAUACAUAGGCAGGCUGUCCAUCAGUGUCAGGGUAUGGAUGUCUGAAAGCAUGUUUUGCCACCAGUAUUUUCCUUGGAGAAGUUGGUGGGUUUUUUGGACUCUAUGUGUUACAUGGGGAGGGGAGGUUGUGUGUGUGUGUGCCCAGGUAAUGUGUUUGCUUCUCUGGGCACCUGGCACAUACAGUAGAUCUUGCCUGCAUGACUGUAUGUGCUGUCGGCACCUCGUGGAGUGGGGUUUGAGCUAGCUCUCGGUCAGUGUCCCAAGUUAGUGCUCCAACGAAAUGAGAGGAGGGCAGGAUAAACUCUUCUUGUUGAUACCUUGAUGGGAGCAGGGAAAAGACAUGACAGGGAGUCUGCUUUGGUGUUUAUUGAACCAGGAUGGUAGGAGAAAGCGAAAUGGAACCUGGCGAAAAAGAGAGCCCAGCAAUCCUCAUGUGAAUUUAGCCUUUUGGAUGUAUUGAGAUAUUCGAGGUUCUUGUUAUCAGUGAAAAUAGUGAAGACAUGCACUGCCCCCUCUAGCCAAUGACACCAUUCUUCCAGAUGUGCAUGAUCAGUAAUUGGGUGACUGUGCACAGGACAAUGGGUUUGAGUGAAGGGAGUACCUUCAAAAGUGAAGGUGGAAUACCAUCAUGUGUUAAGGAAAUUUUUAAUUUUACAUGCCCAGACUGUUAUAUAUACAGACUUUACUUGUAAAUCAGUGGACUUUUCAUGGAUAAAUACUGUACCUUAAAAAACAACUAUAUACCACUAAUAAUUUUGUCCAAACAGAGUGAUUUGUCCACUACAUAAUAAUACAUUACAAUAGAAUGUUGUCAAAUGACCCUUCAUUUUUUUCUGUGUUGCCCACCUUAAAAUGUAUUGAUAUGUAAACAACAAAACUGAUUUUAUUUUAUAAUGUUUUUUCAUUAUUUAAUUAUUUUUAAAAGUUAGUGCAAAUGUGCAGUUUUCAAUCCAAACCAACAGGAUUUACACAUGAUUCCACCUGUUUAAUCAGCUGAUCUUGUGUUUCAAGGGACUUGUGACUCCUGCAGGCCUUUUUGAGUAUAUUUGUUUUGGUGUUUUGUUUCUUUUUUUUUUUUCAUUUUUUCCCCCAAAAUCAUAACAGCCACAUAAGCUGAUUAUGCUAAUUAUUUUUGGAUCUUGAUGAACCUUUACUGCUUGAAAUGAAUUAUGUACUGCUUUAUGCCAAAAUGGUUGCUUUAUUGUAGUUAUAAGGAAUAACUACACAAUGCAUAAAUUCAUGCAGAUACAGGUCAAGAACUUCAGUUAAUGUUCAAACCAAACAUCAGAAUGGGGGAAGUGUGCUCUCUUUGACUUUAACAGUGGCAUGGUUGUUGGUGCCAGAUGGGCUAGUUUUAAAGUUUUCUCUAAAAUUCAUCUUUAAAAUUCAUCAGAAUUUUAAUUAAAUUCCAUAUAUCAUUUUUAGCAACAUUUUAUAUAAUCUCUAUUCACAUCAUUGGACUAUUUCAGUUCGGUUAUGUUUUUAAUCCAAAUUGGCUGUCUUUUAUGUCAUGUUAAUUUGUAUUUUAUAUUUUAUAUUUUGUGUGUGUACAUGUUGUAUCUUGCUACUGACCAUGCUGCUGUAACACAGGAAUUUCCCUCAUGGGAUCAAUAAAGUAUAUCUAUCUAUCUAUCUAUCUAUGUUGCUGAGCAUCUUCCUAUGUACAGUAUCUAACUAUCUAAGGGCAUUGCAGCAUCAGGAGGAUAAUAUUUUUGGUCUAUCAUGAGAGAAUACAUGUUAGAGAGAGAAUACAUCUUUUUAAAACUUUGUUAGAUUAAGAUCCUUAUUGAGUUGGGGGUGGUAUAGUGACAUUGUCAUUCUUUACUUGAUAUGUGAUAAAUCAGAAGGCUAGCCUUCCAAUAGAACAGCUAAAAGUAGGGUUUCAAGUGUGAUAGAAAGAC